UCCAUCGUAGUGGGCGUAGGUGGCAACCCACGUUCAUGUCACUUGUGAUCAAGCGCUGCGCUCAUGAAUAUCAAGAUCUCGAAGUCCACGGGCGACGUGCAUGGUAUGUAUCCAUUCUUGAGACCGUGUGAGCGCCAUGGAUACGUGAGUCUUCGUGAAUCGAACCUCGCGAUUGUUAUAAUAGCACAGCCGGAUGGCUGAUGAUUGUCGACAUAGACUAGCAGCACAGCUGAGUGGUCUUUUCUGGUCGAUAAUUGUGGUAGGCGGUGAUGCCAUCAGCCCUACAGCCUACCUCGUGUGAGGGGUCCACGCCGGUUUCAUCCUCGAGGCGUCCAAUGAGGCUGGUUCCGCGUCUUGCACUCUUUGUCCCCCUUGGCCUUGGACAGGUAGGUGUGUUUCCUGUCGCCCUCUCCUCGAGAUCCGAUGCCCCAGAGUGCAAUCUGAUACGAUGGGCAGAUGGACAUCUUGCUGUGUAGCAAGAAGCCGACGUCGUCGAAUGGCAUGUAUGUUCUGGUCCGUAUUCCUCCGAGUCGGGUCCCGCUAGCGCGAAUAACGUCGAUAUUGUGCAAACGACCCCACGACAUAUGGGCGCAUCGCGGAACCGUCAGUAGUGUGUGAUGGCAGCGCGGGACGGUGGAGACGGCGUCGGUUACGUAAAGCGGGGGUUGGGCUGGAGCACGAGGGGGCAGGCGAGGGUGGUCAGCGUACCCCAGAAAUUUGUGCCGUUCUCUUGUUGUUCUGGUCCAGCCAUUCAGGUUGUCUCCGCUCGUCCCCAUCGCGCCCAGCGCUGACGCUCCUUACACACUUCCUUCUGUCCUUACCGUUUCCCUCCGUCGCUCAGUCCAUUCCCCCGUCAAUCACCCUUCCUUUGCUGUCACCAUGCGUCCAUUCACUGGUCUCGCUGUCGUGCUCUCCCUGGCCACGUCUUGGCCCCCUGUCGCAGCAGGUUCGCACGACGUCAAGAAUUAUCACGCUCGCAAACGCCUGGGUCCCGAGCAUCAUUUGGGCAAGCGGUUUGAGAACGCGCGGUUUACAUUCUACGAGGAUGGGCUUGGUGCAUGUGGUAAGACAAACGCUCCGGGUGACUACAUCGUUGCGCUCAACUCGGCUCAAUACGCCGGUGGUGGUCAUUGCUUUGACAUGAUAACCAUCACUGCGAAUGGCAAGACAACCCAGGCUCAAAUCGUCGACGAGUGCCCCGGUUGCCCUUACGGCGGUCUUGACUUCUCCGAAGGUCUUUUUGAUUUCUUCGCUUCCGAGGAUGCAGGCGUGAUCUACGGCUCUUGGGAGUUCGGAUCCGCACCCGCGCCUUCGCCUGCACCCGAACCCACGACCUCCGAAGCGCCCAAGCCCGCCCCGCCUACGACGACCUACACGCCUCCCCCGCCUACGACGACGACGUCCAAGAAACCCCACACAACCACCACACAGCCCCCGCCCGAGCCGACAACGAGCAGCGCGCCUCAUACUACGAGCACGAGCACGACGCCUACCACGUCCAGCGCACCGCCGACCACGUCCAGUGCACCUCCCCCGACGACGACGAUGGCGACGAGUGUCGUGCCCACCACCGCGUCUAUCACCGACGCGAGUGUCGCGACUGCUGGCCCGAUCGCCGGCGUCGACGAGGGCAACAUAUACCAGUUCAACCUCGCGCUCAUCCAGCUCGGCAUCAUGCUCGACGACGCCGCCGCUCUCUGAUCGGCCCCUCUCUCGCUCAGCAAAUACGCUCGUUAUGACGGUCCUCGAUACACGCCUGACGGAUUCACUAUUAGCACAACUACCCUUGUUUCGCCCACGUCCUUUCAUCUCUUUUCUUCCCGCGUAUUCAACUUCGCUCCAAUUUGGCCCUCUGUGCCCCACGCUGCAGGGCGCGAUCGUCCGGAUUGCACAGUGCAUACCCCUCAUAGAAACGCAUCAUUCAAUAGUGUACAUGCUGCAUUAAUCGCAAACAGUUUGGGUCCUGUCAAAUGCCUCAGUCUCGAUUGUAGUCAGCAGUCUCGUCUUGUUCACGGUAGAAGACUGCAUACGACCUGUGUUUGCGCGUGGAAAGAGCCAGCUCCGCUCUCGCGAUUGAAUUCUAGAGUAGUGUAGGUUACAAGGCAUGAUAUGGACAUGGCACAUAUGCGAGCAUGGAGGAGAAAGAGCCGUGAACAGAC